AUGAAUCGAGGCAGAUCUGCUUUCUCUCCUCCCCCUCCCAAGAAGCCCUACACCCUCGCCGCCCUCGACAAGCCUCCCAUCCUGCGUCGCAACAGCCGUGGGAUGUUUAUGACCACGGAGGAGAUCGAGCGCGACGACGCUCGCAUGCUCGCCCAAGAAAGGGCUCGUCCUUCGUCUCGCCCUCCGGUCAACAAGCCAGAGGAAUGCUUUCCCGCCUCGGGCUGGCCUACUGGCCCUCAAGUUCAGGAGAGUGAGGAAGAGGAGAUGUCGGCCUCGGAGGUCUUCCUCUUGGCACCCUCGACCCCCCCUCCCAUCCCGGUCAGGAGCCCCCUGCGCCCUCGCCCUGCCGCCGCCGCCGCCCUCGCACAGCAACACACCGUGCAGCCCGACAGCCCCUCCUCCUCUCUCUACGAGGAGGGUGCUGGCUUGGGUUUCCACCAAGGAAACCCAUGGUCAUUGACCGGGCGCCUUCCUCCUGUGGUUGGCCUGGCUCCUCCCUCGCUGCCCCCCUCGGCUCCUUCGGAGUACCUGGGUGCCUCGCUCUCCGCCGCCUCUGUCUCUGAGGACGAGGGACCCCGUGGUGUCGACUACAACCCAGACACCACGGGGUUGACCUCUGCUUUCUCUGCCUCGUCGUCGUCGUCGGGUGGCUCGCUUCUUGCGAGCAACGGCACGAUAGAGAGUGAUUGUGUGAUUUUUGUAGGUGUCCCAUUGAGAUGUGGUAAGAUAAAGAUAUAUGCAUUUCCCCAGGUCUAUAAAAAUGCAAGAUACUUUUCGGAUAUCAAACACUAUCCAGAGAGAUUGAUGCUUGACACAAAAAUUUGA